GCGCGGGCGGGCCGGGGCGCUGCAGGGCUUCCCGCACAGGGGGCGCGAAGGGUGGGGGUUCAGGCUCCCGGAGCGCGUUUCCUCCCGGGCCCGGCGUCUUGGUCCCCUUUCUGAAGGGUGGACUCAUGGGGCCUGCAGCCACUGUGGCCAGCCCUCCAACCCUCGAGAACCUUGUCCAGCAGCAGGGAGCCAGGGCUCCGGGCACCUCCUCCGGGCCCCAGCAGCCUCCUCUUUCAGCCCUUCUGUCACAUUUCUGGACCUCAACUCCUAGAGGCCCUGUGGAUUGGGGUGCAAACCUCCUGAGCACCAGGGAGAAUAUCUGCAGAGAUCUCCCCCGACCAGGCAACAUCCUCUGAACACCGUGUUAACCCUCCGUGCCCCCUCCCUCCCUGGAUCCUGACUUCAAGGAUAGCCACCCUCAGCCCACCUCCCACAGAACUGCGUUUUGCAAGCCCUAUUAGAGUCCGUGCCGCGGCGCCACUGACUCAGUGUUCGCGGGAGUCGCAUCCACGCAGCCAGCACCCCGCGCCCGACUGCCUGCCAACCCGAGCCUGCGGCCUCCGCCCUCCGUCCAGCCUGUCCUGCCCCGGAGCCCGUCCGCGGGCAGCGCUGCCACCCUGCCGGCCAUGGAGACCCCGUCCCAGCGGCGCGCCACCCGCAGCGGGGCGCAGGCCAGCUCUACCCCGCUGUCGCCCACCCGCAUCACCCGGCUGCAGGAGAAGGAGGACCUGCAGGAGCUGAAUGACCGCCUGGCGGUCUACAUCGACCGGGUGCGCUCGCUAGAGACGGAGAACGCGGGGCUGCGCCUCCGCAUCACCGAGUCGGAGGAGGUGGUCAGCCGCGAGGUGUCCGGCAUCAAGGCCGCGUACGAGGCCGAGCUGGGCGACGCCCGAAAGACCCUCGACUCGGUGGCCAAGGAGCGCGCCCGCCUGCAGCUGGAGCUGAGCAAAGUGCGCGAGGAGUUCAAGGAGCUCAAGGCGCGCAACACCAAGAAGGAGGGUGACCUGCUGGCUGCCCAGGCCCGCCUCAAAGACCUGGAGGCACUGCUCAACUCCAAGGAGGCUGCGCUGAGCACUGCCCUCAGCGAGAAGCGCACCCUGGAGAGUGAGCUGCAUGAUCUAAGGGGACAAGUGGCCAAGCUUGAAGCAGCCCUGGGUGAGGCCAAAAAGCAGCUUCAGGAUGAGAUGCUGCGCCGGGUGGAUGCAGAGAACAGGCUGCAGACACUGAAGGAGGAGCUGGACUUCCAGAAGAACAUCUACAGUGAGGAGUUGCGAGAGACCAAGCGACGCCACGAGACCCGGCUGGUGGAGAUCGACAACGGCAAGCAGCGCGAGUUUGAGAGCCGGCUGGCCGACGCGCUGCAGGAACUGCGGGCACAGCAUGAGGACCAGGUGGAGCAGUACAAGAAGGAGCUGGAGAAGACCUACUCUGCCAAGCUGGACAAUGCCCGGCAGUCUGCAGAGAGGAACAGCAACCUGGUGGGGGCGGCCCAUGAGGAGCUGCAGCAGUCCCGCAUCCGCAUCGACAGCCUCUCAGCGCAGCUCAGCCAGCUCCAGAAGCAGCUGGCAGCCAAGGAAGCAAAGCUGCGGGACCUAGAGGACUCCCUGGCCCGUGAGCGCGACACCAGCCGGCGGCUGCUGGCCGAGAAGGAGCGGGAGAUGGCGGACAUGCGGGCACGCAUGCAGCAGCAGCUGGAUGAGUACCAGGAACUGUUGGACAUCAAGCUGGCCCUGGACAUGGAGAUCCACGCCUAUCGCAAAUUGCUGGAGGGCGAGGAGGAGAGGCUACGCCUGUCCCCCAGCCCCACCUCGCAGCGCAGCCGUGGCCGCGCGUCCUCACACUCCUCGCAGACCCAGGGCGGCGGGGGUAGCGUCACCAAGAAGCGCAAGCUGGAGGUCGAGAGCCGCAGCAGCUUCUCGCAGCAUGCGCGCACCAGUGGCCGCGUGGCCGUGGAGGAGGUGGACGAGGAGGGCAAGUUCGUGCGGCUGCGCAACAAGUCCAACGAGGACCAAUCCAUGGGCAACUGGCAGAUCAAGCGCCAGAAUGGAGAUGACCCCUUGCUGACCUACCGCUUCCCCCCAAAGUUCACCCUGAAGGCCGGUCAGGUGGUGACGAUCUGGGCUUCGGGUGCUGGCACACACAGCCCACCCAGUGACCUGGUGUGGAAGGCACAGAACUCCUGGGGCUGCGGGAACAGCCUGCGCACAGCUCUCAUCAACUCCACCGGGGAGGAGGUGGCCAUGCGCAAGCUGGUGCGCUCAGUGACCGUGGUGGAUGACGAUGAGGAUGAAGAUGGUGAUGACAUGCUCCACCACCACCACCACGCCUCGCACUGCAGCAGCUCGGGGGACCCGGCUGAGUACAACCUGCGCUCACGCACCGUGCUGUGCGGGACGUGCGGGCAGCCAGCCGACAAGGCCUCGGCGGGCGGCAGCGCGGGCGCCCAGGCAGGCGGCUCCAUCUCCUCGGGCUCCUCCGCCUCCAGCGUCACGGUCACUCGCAGCUACCGUAGUGUGGGGGGCAGUGGGGGCGGCAGCUUCGGUGACAGCCUGGUCACCCGCUCCUACCUCCUGGGCAACUCCAGUCCCCGAACCCAGAACCCCCAGAACUGCAGCAUCAUGUGAUCUGGGACCUGCCAGGCAGGGGUGAGGGUGGCAGCCUGGGCUCCCCCCCACCCUCUGCCCUCCUCCUGCACCUCUUGGGCGGGCAGAGGCUUGAAGCCAAAGAUAAAAUAGCCCUUUGGGGUUUUUUUUCUCCCUCUAUUUUUUUCUAAGAGAAGUUAUUUUCUACAGUGGUUUUAUACUGAAGGAAAAACACAAGCAAAAACAAAAAAAAAUUCUAAAAGCCUCUAAGCUUCUAUCAGGCCUCUCCCUCCACCCUGCUUCCAGAACACCAACCAUCGCUGCCUUAAACCCAAAGAGGGCUCCCUUUUGUGAGAGGGGAGGGAGGUGUGCUUUUACAGAGCCUGCUUUCUGCUUCUUUGCGUUGUCCCCACCCCACCCCCGGGGGGGCUAAUAUGGUGCCUGAGAGGUGGAUGGGGGGGGUCUCAUUCCAGCUGGCUGAGGCUCCUGCCUGCCCCCUCCCCAGCCCUGCCCCCAGGCCCCCCCACCCCACCCCGUGCUUCCAUUCCCCCAAUCACCCACCCCUUGCGCAAGCUUGGCCUGCAUUCAAUCUAUAAUAGACAAAGGAUGGGAUAAAGUGGGAGGUGAGAGAAACGGGGAGCUGCCUUCCCAGAGCUUCAGGACAGGGGUGCUUUCUGCCUGAUCACUGGAGGUCCAGGGCAAGUAGGUGCAAGGGAGGAGAGAGAAAAAGGGGAGCCUGUUGGGCUGCCCCAGAGAGGGAGUUGAAGAUGGGAGGAGGGUUUGUGGCAGUGGGUUUUGGCAAACACUAAAGAGCAUUUCGACCCACCUGUUUCUCAUCUGCACCUCUUUUUCUCCUCCUCAAAUCAAUACACUAGUAGUUUCUA